GCUGCGGGGCCGCCGCCGCCGCCCGAGCCGCCCAUGGAGCCCAACGGGACGACGGCGGCGGCGGCGGGCAACGGCUCGGCGGCGGGCGGCGGCGGCCCCGGGGGCGGCGGCGGGCUGCCGCUCUUCCCCUCGGCCUUCGGCACGGUGCUGUCGGUGAUGUACGUGGCCGGGGUGGCGGGCAACGUCUACACGCUGGUGGUGAUGUGCCACCCGGCGCGCUGCGCGGCCCCCAUGUACAGCUCCAUCGUCAGCCUGGCCCUGGCCGACCUGCUCUACCUCUCCACCAUCCCCUUCAUCGUCUGCACCUACCUGGCCCAGGACUGGUACUUCGGGGACCUGGGGUGCCGCAUCCUGCUCAGCCUGGACCUGCUCACCAUGCACGCCAGCAUCUUCACCCUCACCCUCAUGUGCACCGAGCGCUACCUGGCCGUCACGCGGCCCCUGGACACCCUGAAGCGGUCGCGCGGCUACCGGAAGGUCACGGCGGGGGCCGUGUGGUCCGUCUCCCUGCUCCUCACUUUGCCCAUGAUGCUGAUGGUCACCCUGACCGAGGCGGGCAAAGCGGAGGGCAAGGUGAAGAGAAUGUGCGCGCCCACCUGGAGCGAGGACGCCUACCGGACCUACCUGACGGUGCUGUUCAGCACCAGCAUCAUGGCCCCGGGGAUCAUCAUUGGCUUCCUGUACACGCGCCUGGCCAGGACCUACCUGGAGUCCCAGAGGAACCCGCCCCACAAGGAGAGGAGCAAGAGGUCGCCCAGGCAGAAGGUCCUCAUCAUGAUUUUCAGCAUCGUGCUGGUCUUCUGGGCCUGCUUCCUGCCUUUUUGGAUCUGGCAGCUGGUGCAGCUCUACAGCAGUUCCCUGCAGCUCACCACCCAAACCCAAAAGUGCAUUAACUACCUGGUGACCUGCCUGACCUACAGCAACAGCUGCAUCAACCCCUUCCUUUACACCCUGCUCACCAAAAACUACCGGGAAUACCUGCGCAACAGGCACCGCAACUUCUACAGGUUCACGUCCUCCUUUCGCAAGAGGGGCUCCAACCUGCAGUGCUCCUGGGGACGGUCCAUGUCCUCCAGCAACCAGUACGACUACAGCUCGGAGGCCCUGGGCAUGGCCACGCUGAAGGACAAGUGAGGAAGAGGAGGCGCUCUGGAGGCAUGAGGACCAGAAGAGCAUCUGUCCAAGGGCUUCUCUCAUUCCAUUUGACCUCAUGCUCCAUCCCAGGAAGAGUUACGUCAAGACUGGAUCCCCAAUGCCGUGGUCUGGGUUGCAAGUGAAGGAGAUGGUGAUGGCGUAGCGAGUGCCCCAGCGAACCUUUUCCACCCGAUGAAGGUUCUCCGAUCCAGAGGUGAAAAAGGAAACCCGGCCUGUGAAGACAAAUUAUCGAAUCAGUGACAUGGAGCUUGCCAUUGAGCUUUCUACACGACUUUGCGAUCGUUGUCUCAGUCUGACUGUUCCCUAGCUACCCAAGAGCCCAGAGGUCAUUACAAAGACAAACUGUUAUGAGCUUAUGCUGCACUCUGACAGCUUUAUGGACUGUUUAAAACACACAUUAAUCCUUUGUGAUAAAGCUGGAGAUGUGAUUUCACCGUAUCUCAUAGUUUGUAAGAGGCGGGAGGAAUCUAAGAACAUUCACAUCCGGUUCUGAGUUGCCUCAAUUGAAAAAGAAAAGAAAAGAAAAGAAAAAAAGUCACACACCUCUAGUGGCUGAACUGUCAGCAAAGUAUUUUGAUUUCCUCCCUGCUCCCCUCCUAAUCUGGGCUCUAAUUUUAGACAAAAGGAGGGAGUACUACAUGGGUGGCAAAAAAAUCUGAAGUGAGAAAACAGCCAGCAGGUUUACAGCAGCUGUGGCAGCUUCUCAGCUUUCUACUGAAUAUUUGCUAUAGCUUUUUGUGCACAGUCAGAUCACUCACUGUUUAGCCAGGUUUAAAAAGUUACCUAUCAAUCCUGUAUAUAAAUUUAAUUUUUUUUAGAAAGAGCAACAUUGUUUUAUAGAAGCAAAUGCUUACUCCUGUACUUCAUCGCGUUACCACCUCCUGCGUUGGGCUUCUGCUGGACUUAAGUGGCUUUAAGGUGAAAUCUGGUUACUCUGAUAAUGACAUUUGAGGUGUAUUUGCAUUCCACUUGAUGAAACAGCAAAACGGGGCACUCUAGACACUUUCACAUUAUUUAACUGUUUGAGAAUAUAGGAGUUCACUGUCUAGCAAGUAACCGAGAAGGAAAGCAACCCUCCAGGACUGCUCAAGCUCUCCUGGAAAGCCAGUAAUACCCACCUGCACAGCUGUUUUAUCCCAAUAGCAUAUGUUUUCCUACUCAUGCAAUUUUUCCACUAUUCAAAUUAGAUUAAAGUUUGUUAUAAACUUAUCUUGGGGAAUUCAGCUGACAAUCUGACUCUGCCUGGGACACAUUCUUCAUCAGGCAAAAUGAAGCACUUGAAUGCCUACUUAAAAUUUGCACAAUAACAUGGCAAACUAUCCCAACAGUAACACAAUCUACACUGCAGAAAUGGGCACCAGCCACGUGGCAGGCUUUCUUUUCUACCUGAAAAAAAGAUCCAGAAGUUAUUUUGCCUGUAAUCUCUUUAGCAGCUCUCAUGGGAGACUUGAACAGAGCUAGAUCAGCCUUGUGAAGCUUGCUUCACCUACUAAUAUCUGAGGUUUAUUUCAGUAAGCCUUGUGCCCCUUUGCACAUUGAGUUGCAGUUCACAUUUAAUCUUUCAUACAAGUCAGUCCUAAUUGCCAAGCAGAACCGUUAAGUCAUAUAUCAUAUUCUUCUCUGCCUGUGGCUGCACAUCAAUAGGGGGUAAAGCUAUAUAUCAAAUAGAUUCAUUUAUAUGAACAGUUCAUAUACACUUUGGUGUCCUGCGCUUAUGGAUGAAAGACUGUAAACGUGGCAAACGUACUCCUAUCCUAUGAGUGUUAUAAUGAACAGAGCUCCCCUCUUAAGGAUUUCAUACAAAGUCCAGUUGUCCUGAAAAUGUUAUUUUUACUCUUAUUUGCACAUCAUUCAAGUACUUCAUUAUCAAUCCAUCACCUACUCACCUAAAGCUUUGCCUUAAACUGAAUUUCAAGCUUUUUUGUUUGAUCUCUUAUUAGAAGUAGUAAGUCAAAGUUAGACAAGUUUCAGUGUAUUGUUUAAGCCAGUUAAUUAAACUGGAUUCUUUGGCUAUACAGAAA